AUGGUGGCUUCCUUCUCAUCUAGGGGACCAAGCUCCAUAUGUCCCGGGAUUUUGAAGCCUCACAUUAUUGGAUCGGGAGGGAGCAUUCUAGCAGCCUCACCUUUCCCUAUUGACAAGAGGAAGUCAAAUUCGAAAUCAAACUUCAAUAUGAUGUUAGGUACCUCAAUGUCAUGCCCUCACCUCAGUGGCAUUGCAGCUUUGCUAAAGAGUUCCCAACCUGACUGGUCACCUGUUGCUAUUAAGUGUGCAAUCAUGACUACAGCUGAGGUUGUAAACCAGAAAGGCCAGCCAAUCACUGAUGAAACACUCCAGCCAGCCAGUGUAUUUGCCAUUGGCACAGGCCAUCCAAACUCAUCAAGGGCUAAUGAUCCAGGCCUCGUCUAUGACAUCAAACCCCUUGAUUACAUACCUUACUUGUGUGGUAAGAAUUACACUGACAGACAUGUUGGGAUUCUGUUGCAAGGCAAGGUGAACUGCUCUUUGGAAAAACCCAUAUAUGAAGCUCAACUAAAUUAUCCUCCAUUUUCCAUUGUAUUGGGGCUCACUCAUCAGACUUAUACAAGAGAGGUAACAAACGUUGGCAAGGCUGAUUCUUCAGACACUGUGAAGGUUGCUCCACCCCAAGGAAUCAGUGUCAGCAUCAAGCCUAAACUUAUUUCUCAGAGAUGA